UGUGAAGAACGGAUGGUUCCCCUUGUGAAGGAAAGAAGAUGGCGUUUGUUUCAGCUGAGAUGCUAUGGAUCUCAGGUUGGGGAUUGGUGGCUGCGCUACUUUUGGGAUGGGCCGUGAGCGCCUUGGAGUGGGUGUGGUGGAGGCCGAGGAGGCUGGAGCGCGCUCUCCGGGCCCAGGGGCUGAAGGGCACCCGGUAUCGGUUCCUCCAUGGGGACCAGAAGGAGUACCAUCGUCUCCACAAGGAGGCUCUGUCCAAGCCCAUGGCCUUCUCUCACCAAAUCAUCCCUCGAAUCCUUCCACACCUCCACCAAGCCAUCAAGAAGAAUGGUAAAAUAUCAUUCACUUGGUUCGGGCCUAAGCCGAGAGUAAUCAUUAUGGAUCCGGGACUGACAAGAGAAAUUCUGUCCAACAAGUUUGGUCACUUUGAGAAGCCACACUCAAAUCCUCUAGGGAGGUUAUUGGUUGCAGGACUCGUACGUUAUGAAGGUGAAAAAUGGGCCAAACAUAGGAGGAUCAUCAAUCCUGCUUUCCAUCUAGAGAAAUUGAAGUGCAUGAUGCCAGCCUUUUCUACUUGCUGUGAUGAACUGAUAAAUAAAUGGGAGAGGCUUGUUGCUUCCAAAGGAUCUUGUGAAUUGGAUGUUUGGCCUGAAUUCCAAAGUUUCACUGGAGAUGUCAUCUCCCGCACGGCAUUUGGUAGCAACUUUAGAGAAGGGCAACGAAUAUUUCACCUCCAAGAAGAGCAAGCUCAGCUUGUAGUCCAAGCUCUUCAAAACAUAUACAUCCCUGGGUUCAGGUUUCUGCCUACCAAGAAGAACAAGAGAAUGAAAGAAAUUGAUAUAGAGAUUCGAUCGCUUCUCAGGAGCAUGAUUGAGCAGAGAGAGAUGGUUAUAAGAAAGGAAGGAGCUAGCAAUGAUGAUUUGCUAGGCCUGCUAAUGGAAUCAAACUUUAGGUACUCCAAGGAAAAUGGAGGCUCCAAGAACUCUGGGAUGAGUACUGAAGAUGUGAUUGAGGAAUGCAAGCUAUUCUACUUUGCUGGGCAUGAGACAACAUCGGUCCUUCUCACAUGGACAUUGGUAGCACUAAGCAUGCAUCCUAGCUGGCAAGCGCGUGCAAGAGAAGAGGUCCAUGGAGUCUUUGGAAAAAAUAAGCCAGACUAUGAUGGCUUAAGUCGAUUAAAGAUUGUGACGAUGGUUCUGUAUGAAGUGCUUAGAUUAUAUCCACCAGUAAUUUUGCUCCAGAGGAAAACUUUCAAGGAAAUGAAAUUAGGUCAGUUCACCUUCCCAGAUGGAGUGGAACUCUCGCUCCCUAUAAUCUUCAUACAUCAUGAUCCAGAAUUUUGGGGUGAAGAUGCUUCGGAAUUCAAUCCAGAGAGAUUUGCUGAGGGAGUUUCCAAGGCAUCGAAGAUUCCAGGUGCCUUCUUCCCAUUCAGUGGGGGUCCUCGAAUCUGCAUUGGUCAGAGCUUCGCAAUGAUGGAAGCAAAGAUGGCUUUGGCUAGGAUUCUUCAACAUUUUAUGUUCGAACUAUCACCAUCCUACGCCCAUGCUCCUUAUACUGUAGCGACUCUUCACCCCCAACAUGGUGCUCAAAUCAUCUUACACAGGCACUAACAGUAUCUUGUCAUCACACUUAAUAUUACUGAUAUCAUUAUCAUCAGCAUCAAUACUGUCAAAAAUCCUUAGCAUUGUCAUGGAGUUCAUAAGGUGUAUAAUCCAUUUGAAGUGUUGUUUUCAUGAAUCCGAAGGAGGGACCGUACCAGAGUCUGAUAUAUGUAUAUAUAUUUGGGUUGAAGAUUUAUGGCUACAUUUGACUUAUUGCAUAACAAUUCAGUAAAUGUCUGGCUGUCAAGACAUGGCAAUUUUAUUUUAGUGGUCAAA